AUGGAUUUUGAUUUUGACGACCCACUGCGUGGAUACCGCGUAUCGAGGCAUCCAAGUCCCGAAACCGACAUCUCAUCAGCUCCUGCUAGCCCAGGAGAGUAUAGAGAUCGUCGCGAAGAAGUUGAUGUCGUCCUCAACAAUUAUUCACCAGUUCAAGAUACAGAUAAUACAGUUACUGUUUUUCGCGUCUUUCUCAAGUAUCUCUGCAAAGAUGGCCAAAUGAUUCUGAUGCAUGAGAUUGCACAGCUGGGACGGGACCCGGUGAAGCUUCGAAUGUUGCGCAAUUUUCUAGUGGAUGCAAUUCUAAAACCAAAGUACAUUUCCAAAUCUCUCAGAUUCUACAUCGCCAUUUACAAAGAAAAAGCUAAGAAUCCUCGAACUCGACCGACCUUGGACGAGAUUAAAGUCUCUGGGAUUGAAAUAAGCCAGCUUGUGGUUGCUGAGCGUGCCGCUUCAUUCAAACGCAGGUUUCCAAGCCGUACAUUUUGUCCACCACUUGGACUCAAUCGACCUCUCCCGAAUCCAAACGAGGACACCGCUGAUGAGAUCGAGCCUACCGACGCUCCCGUCCCACCACCAAGACUUGCGGCUCGACCUCUCUCGACUCCUACCGAGGAAGCCGCCCAUUAG